AGCGCGGCCGCGAGAGAGAUGAUGUCGUCAGGACUGUGAGAGGCUCGCUGACUCCCCUGCCUCGCGCUCUGGGCACAGCUCCGGACUCCGGAUAGCAGCAGCGAGAGUUGUGGAUGGAGGCAGGGGACGGCUGGUGAGAGGUAAUUGUCUUAUCCGCGCGUCCGCCUUCUCUCACCUCCACUCUCCUCCCACGCUCUCUCCUUCCCAAUCUUCUUCCUCCUGCUCCUCUUCCCUCGAGAUAGCCACGGCGGCUUCCUAUUCAUCCAGCUGAGCAGGGAGGGCGGUUCGUCUAAAGAAGACACGACUGACUCUCCCCUCUAUGGCGAGAUUUCUCCUCCCUCCUCUGCCUCUCCCCCAACCCUCUCACUCCUUUAGAAGAUUAAUACCGCGAAGCGCCGCUGACAUAGCCGGCUGGAGCAUCAUCCCCGUGUUUCUCUCUCGCUGUGUGGGAGCGCGCCUGUCAGUGUGUGUGUAGAUUCUGCACAUCGGCUCUCUUGCGCACGAUUCAUCAUCAGGCGUGGGGCAGCAGCAUCUCGCGCCCGACUCCGCCUGCGCCGACUCUUCGCCAUCCGAGACGGAAUCAAUCCACGCGCGCCCACGCCCAUUAUCUCCACGUAUUUAUCCAUCUGGCUCAUUCAUUAACUGGCCAAUUGCAAGCGCGAAUAUUUUUAUGAUCAUUUUCUCGACGUUAUUUCGCGAGCGGAGAACAAGGGGGCUCGAUGCCGGAGCCCGUCUCGACCGCAGCGAUGGUCGGAUGCCUCUGCUGAAGAGACCGUCCGCUUGGUGCUCGGCUCGCCCCGCGGUGAUGUCCGCGGCCGGGGCACUGCUCCGCGGAUUCAGCUCCCGGAAUCGGAGCGAGGGAGGAGGAGGAGGCGGCGGGGGCGCCGCACAGCCUGGGGGCUCCAAGCGCCACCUGCGAGGCCGCGGCCGCGGCCGUGGCCGGCGGAGAAAGUACGACCCGGACGUGGUGGUGGUGAAGGGCAAGGUGCGCGUCCUCAGCUUCUCGGGGGUGUUCACCGCCUUCGGGGUCCUCAUCUUGGUGGUCGGCGUGGCCAUGGCCGCCAUUGGCUAUUGGCCUAAGGGCAGCGCGACCCGUGCCCUCUCCUCCAGCCCCACGACCGCAUCGACCGCUUCCUCCUCUUCAACCUCAUCCUCCGCCGCCGGCAACGCCACCUCCGUGACCGAGUGGCGCAACGGCACCGAGGAGGCUGCGCCCGGCCCCAACGUGACCUCGUCCGCGACCCCAGGCCGCACCUCUGGCCCCGAGCAGGGCUUUCUGGCCGCGCAGCUGCACUCGUACCGCAUGAAAGUGCUGGGGCCGCUCACCAUGGGCAUCGGCAUCUUCAUCUUCAUCUGCGGCAUCGCGGCCCUCUACGAAAACCGCGACCGUGAGACCAAGGUCAUCCACUUGCGUGACAUCUACUCGGCCAUCAUCGACACGCACCACCACCACCACAACCACCGCGGCGCCAAGGGGGCCACGGCGCCAUCUCGCGGCCAAGUCAACGGCCUCGCGGGACGACAGGGCGCCGACCAAAUCGCUCGCUGCUACGAUGCUCAGUGCGCGGCGCGGCUCACGGCCAGCAUGCUCCUCACCCUGCCGUGCGCUAUCAGCGACCCAAAGUUUUCAGCGGAUCUGUGCGACGACCUCCGCCACGGAGACCCCUUGGGCAUCCUGGGUGCUCCGUUCCGCGGCGGCCGCUCUGGCUCACUCUACACCAUCCACUCGGAGACCUGUCCCCGCAGCCCGCGCAGCCCACGCAGCCCCCGCGAGGAGAAGGGCCUCUCCAGCAAGGCGUCCAAAGCUCCGUGUCGAGCCACUUCCAUCGUGUCCUCGUCCAUCACCGCGUUCACGCUUCCCGUCAUCAAGCUCAACAACUGCGUCAUCGACGACGCCGGUGACCUCGCCGUCGCGCCUCCACAUCGCUCCGACGCGACGGCGGAGGGCGGAGGCGGUGAUGGGGACCGAGAGAGAGCCAGGUCCUUGUCUCUCGUGGACGUUAGCAUUGCCUCCGGCGCACAGGGACAGACGGAACGUUCCCCCGCGGCCACAGAUGGACCUGAAUCUGUCCCGGACGUGUCUCCUUACGGGGAAGGGGGAGACGCGGACGUUGAGAAGGAAGACGUGGUGCCGCCACUUCGCGUCGGCUCGGGUGCGGAGCCCACGGAGCAGCCGAAAGUCGCCUCCUCCGCCGCGUCCUCGCCUCCUGCCUCGUCCCCCACCUCGUCUCCCUCCUCCUACCGGCCCAUGAAGCGGCAGUACUCCAACAAGGAGAAGCUCAUCAUGAUCUCGCGCUUGAACCGCAACGUGAGCUUCGAGGUCGAAGAGGAAUUUGUGCGUCCCGCCUCUCCGCCACAUGGCCCCAACCCUUCCGAGACGCAUCUCUAAAUAAAGACCGAAACCCAUCGUGGCAUGAGAUUUGAGGAGGCUACCAAUGCCGACCUGGGUGAAGUGUGCUAUCCUUCCACGAGUCCGCCCGAGACUACAAAACCAGGACAGGAGUUGGAGCCUCCUCAACCUGGAAACAGGAGCCAAUGCCGACUCCCUGUCCAACGGAUUAGGGAUGCUGCUCACGACUCAGAUACGCAUCUUCUGUGAGCCCCAUAAUUCAUUUGGGACAGCAUAGACACGGAAGGAUUAGUUGGAUAUUUGGGGGCCGCAUUUAACUUUUUAUUGCACGUCCCACGUCUCGCACAGCUAGCAAUGUUUACAUUAAGAGAGAGAAUUCUGGUCUUGCCUGAUUGCGCCCACGCUUACACGGUGAGCUGGUGUUUGUAGCAAUCAACUUCACAGCCACGUGGUGUAUGAGAGGGUGUUUUAUGGGAGGGUGUUGUAUGUAAUAGGCAAGCGGCCCACGCACGUGAAGACUCAACCAAGACGAAGUUGCGCGCUGCUGUUCCCGAGGACUGCGGCCCGGGGGAAGCGAAGCGCGAUGAAGCAUGCUGACAGUCAACGAGUCGAUUAAUUGGUCAAUUAGUGAAACAAUCGCCAUGCUGAGUCUUUAACAUCUGCAGUUUUCUUUUCAGAAAGCGAUUAAAUGCAGCGGUGAGUGGUUAGUGAAGAGAACCUCGAGACGAAGAACAUCACUGCCCCAUGUCACUGUGUCUCUCUGUCUCUAUGUGAGUCUUUGUGUAUAUCUUCGUCUCUCAGUGCGCGUUGGUCCUUUGUAUGCCACAAAGUCUAAUAUUUACGUGCCUGUAAAUCUUCAUCUCUGUCUCUCUCUCACUCGGCGUUUUAAUUGUGACUCUGUGUAUCUGUCUCUGUGUAUCUGUCUCUGUGUAUCUGUCUCUGUGUAUCUGUCUCUGUGUAUCUGUCUCUGUGUAUCUGUCUCUGUGUAUCUGUCUCUGUGUAUGUCUCUGUGUAUCUGUCUCUGUGUAUCUGUCUCUGUGUAUCUGUCUCUGUGUAUCUGUCUCUGUGUAUCUGUCUCUGUGUAUCUGUCUCUGUGUAUCUGUCUCUGUGUAUCUGUCUCUGUGUAUCUGUCUCUGUGUAUGUCUCUGUGUAUCUGUCUCUGUGUAUCUGUCUUUGUGUAUCUGUCUCUGGGUCUCGAUUGGAGGUCACUGUGUGGGUGGACAAUCCCUCUGUCGUGUUGAAGUCACGCACAAGAGGAGGGCUAAUGUCUAUUUUUAUAGCUGUUUUGCGCCAGAGAUUUAGUGAGCGGUGAUGGUGUUUAUCCAAACACUGGACAGAAAUGUAUGGCCUCUGUAUAUACAUUGAAUAUCUAAAUAUUUUUGUCCCGCCAGGGCGUCUAUAGGGAAACUCAACGAAGUGAGAUUUAUUUAUUUAUUUAUUUGCCUCUUGCAGGGGAGUUCUGGCAGGGGACGACAGAACAUGCUCUUACAAGUUGGCACAAGUCCGGCGCGCUACGAUUGUCACUAUGAAUUCCCAAUGUCGUAAGUCCCUUAUUUAUUCGGAACUACGACAAGGCUUCUCUUGAACCGAACGUACGCCACCUCUAGGACGUCGUACGUUGUUCGGUACUAUUAUGGAGCCCCGGAGCAGAGGGAGACCUGUGAAAAACAUGGAUCGUGGCAUUGUAUGGUGGAUGGUGGAGACUGAGGGGAGACAAUGGUUCAUGAUGAUGGUGAUGGUCUCAUGCAAAUGCCUGUGCAUGAACCUGAUUCGCUUCUUGAUGACAACGCAGCUUGCUUACUCGGGUAUAUGUCCGUACCGCUUCACUUAACUCAUUCGCAAAGCCUCCGUGAGUCUCGUGGCUCGAUUUCUGGAGGCACCUGCAUUAGACGCAUUACUUAUUCCGUUUUGAAAUUUGUAUUCGCAUAAGUAAAUAAUCCGGAGUGCCAGGAUAUAUCCUACGCAUUCCUCAAAUCAGCAACAUACUUGCUAUACUGGCUGCCUACCUUCCAUGCACUUGUGUAUGCUCUUGGAAAAAUGGACGUUUGAUCUAAAUGCUUUAUUUUGUGUAAAUAUGCUUUUAAUUGUUAGCGCAGACAUGAGCCGAGUCCCCGGCGUAUUGGCCAGGCAGCCCGCGUGGCACCCGCCGCGGGGUCUCUGCCUGAGCCGGGGCUGUCGCUAGGAGCUGCUUUCAGGGCUCCGAUGGUGCGUUACUCCGCCGAGCGCGUUGCGCUACUCAGCAGAGGGAGGCGGUGGAAUGUCGCCUCGCACAUUCGCGCAGGCUCUGGUCCCCGUUGAUCUGCCCGUGGCGUGGCUGCGUCAUCCCUUCUUCUUGCCCAAUGGAGCACGGAGGCUGCGCCGUGUAGCAUUUGACUUUCUAGGUCAGGGCAAGCGGCACACGCAAACAAAUGCACGCGCAGGCACAAACACAGUAUUUACACGUUUGAACCAAGUAUAUAGCAGUGUGUUUUGGCAGAGUAACUCCUGCCAUUAUUCGCACGCGUUACAUGUGCGUCACCAGCUGGCACAUGCACGCGUGGACACAUUCUGACACUGGAACCCUGUAUUGAGGCUUAUUGGAGGUAAAGACAUUGGGAUAUAUAUGAGACAGAUACAAACAUGUAUAACUAUUUUGAACAUAUAUAUAUAUACCAUUAUUACAGGUCGAAUGGGCCUGAAAUGAGUACCUGGUGCGGUGCGCAGACAUCAACAAAGACGGUGGAGCAUGGUGCUGGCCACCUACCCCCACGUGUGCCGAGCUGGCCUUCACAAGGUCUCGCUAACAGCACCUGCACCAACAAUCUGUUAAGGCUAUACGGGGGAUCUUUGUCUUUAUUUACGUAUGGAGCCGAUGCUGCAGCGGUUCGCAAGGUCCUACAAGCCCAGCAGUCUAGGGCUUGAUUCGCAGCCACGGCUAACAUCAGUGGUCAGCCUUAGCAUCGGUCGACCCAAUGAGUACCCGGCGCGGUGUGUAAACUUUGGUUCCGUAGGGAGACAAAGGCGGCCGUCGAGUGGCGCUGGCCACACCGAAGCGCCUUAACUGGUGCUCUUCCAUAGCACUUGCCUCCAGCAGCGUGCGGCUUCAGCGGGGGAUCGUUACCUCGCUUCAUACAGGCCUACUGUUGCACGUGUGGUGGCAGGCACGUGCCACUGAUGGAGAGACACAAAUACUCUGUGUCCCAUGCGGCUGAGUGUAACCUGCAGGAGAGAUUGGUGCAUUGAUGUGUUCGAGUGAGGCGCGUUCACAUCUGGCCGUGUAGAGUAACAGGCGCACGGGGACUUGUGUUCAUUAUUUAGUGAUGUCACCCGACCCAGCAGCUGACAUUCCCAAGAGCGCAGGAGAGCUCAGCUAAAAGCUCAUUCGCUUCCCUUUUCCUCCAACUUGCCUGCACCGUUGCCAUAUAAUUGUACAGUCCUUUGUCGAUCCACUGCUAGAUGAAGGCCUCUCAAUACCUUUCGGUUAUGAAGUUUGUUUGACCAUACUUCACCACGCUGGUCAAUCCGGCUUGGUGAAGUGGGGUGCGACCAGGAUGGCUUCUGAUAUCAUGCGUCGCUGGUGUUAGCCGUGUCUGGGAAUCAAACUCAGGUAGUUAGGUGAAGUACAUGGGAAGACAAUCUCACUUUCGUUUGGCCUGCACUCCUCGCUACUGGUGAGCAGGGGAGGGGCGCGAACCCACACCUGGUGAGCGAGCACUUUGGCAUUGCGUGUACAUUGACGCAUGGGGUUCAUCCCUCUGAUUAGCACGGUUGGCUACGUGCGGUGCGAAAGAAGUUCAACACACUGUACAUACAUACAAUGGGAACUGAUUGUCAAGAGGAGGAGGCUAGGGGCGCAGUUAGGGUGAGUGUUGGCGUUCAUGAAUACAGGGCUCGCUGCUGGGCUCAAGCAAAGUUGUGCCUCGGAUUCAUGGAGUCGAGUUAUGCUUUGGAAUGUGGCAAAUGCAACGUUUAUGGUUGGGCUAAGACUACGGUUUAUGAUAUGGCUCUAAUUAUAAGGCGAGCGGCUGAUCGUAUACACAGCGUAAGUGAACAAUUCCAUUAGUUUCCCACGUGAAUCGCUCGCUGUAAAACACAUAACGCAGUCACUCCAUGUGGUCAUAGAUACGAACUCGACCGGGCCUUGGAGGGCGAGUUAAUGAAACCUAAAGCCUCUGUCUUGAUCGCGUUGUAGCAGGGACUGUGUUGUUUCUUCUUUCCUUAUUUCACGUCUACAAUACAGCGCAGUGUGAAUAUACCUGGUGACCUGAGUACAUUUAUAUUUUACAUACACAAACACACAUCAUUAUUCACACACACACAUUAUUAUUAUUAUACACAAACAUCACUCACCAUGGACUCACGGUUCUGCGAGGGCUUCGCCACAGUCCAUGAGUUGACACGAUUCAGUCUCAGUUUAUUAAAACGUUCCUGGGAAGAAAUGAGGUAUCCACAUUUUGGACAUCACUUUUGUUAAAAAACGAUCCUCAAGUUGGGCACUCGCCGUGAUGUUGACAUUGAGAGCAGGCUGGGCCGCAAAUUAGGCUGUCGGAAGGUGCUGGCUUAGCCUCACCUGGUGUAGAAUCUGGGCCACGUAUACGGGCUGGUUUAGCCUCACCUGGUGUAGAAUGGGAUGGUUUAGCCUCACCUGGUGUAGAAUGGGCUGGUUAAACCUCGCCUGGUGUAGACUGGGCUGGCUUAGCCUCACCUGGUGUAGAAUCUGGGCCAUGUAUACGGGCUGGUUUAGCCUCACCUGGUGUAGAAUGGGCUGAUUAAACCUCACCUGGUGUAGACCGGGCUGGACUAAGCUCACCUGGUGUAGAAUCUGGGCCACGUGAAACGCAAAGAGUAUAUUUAGAUUUGCCUGAUGCGCAAACGCGGGAUGUGUGCGUGCGAGUGUGAUAGUCACGCGUCUCCGUCUACAACAACAAUUUGUGUUAAUUAGUCGCUAUGUUCCUGCACUUGGUAUACUUUGUAAAGACGUAAACGUGCAAUUUUUCAGUACUGUAAUUUUAAAUUGAAAUGUUAAUUGUGUGGAACUUGACAUUGGAUGGCAAUCGGAAGGCUUUGCUGUAAACGCGUUUAAUUGGUGGGUAGUGAGUGUGUGAUUGAGAGCAGGGUGAUUUGUCCCAGUGUGGUGUCACAGUGGGACGUGCCAACACGCCAGCACGUGACCCUGGGGAGGGGGGGGGGGCACAUUGGUUCCACUUGAAUGGGACAAUUGUUUUCAUACCUUUUUUUUACAUGGCCAAUAAAAGUUAGUUAGUAUGUGAUAUGUUUUCAAAUGGUUAAUCACUCACAAAUAUCGACUAUUGGUAUAGGUGCUUUUGGAACCCGUAUGGUGGCAACAUCCGCUUGCCACCCCAGGCCCGAUUUCCGUACCAGUGAUACAUCUGGACGAAUGCUCUCGGCCCACCGGGAACGAGGUGGGACCAGGCGGUUGUGUUAACUGGAUGCUGUUCCUGACAUUUAUUUACACAUCAAAGCCUAACUGAGUCUCAAGACUCUUUUUUAAGAGAUCCUGUAUUUGAAUGUUUGGCCAAUUACAUUUUAAGAAAAAAUAAGAACGGAGUUUACAUUACUGCCAAUAAAGCAGCCGCUCGCCUUUUGGCGUUGUUCUCUGGUGUGACCCUGGUGGUGAGGCGAGGCCCUCAAGAAGGCCGCUGUCUCUGGUGUAGGCCAAUCCGCUUCAAAGACAAUGCAGAGAUUACCAGAGCAUGUUUGUUUGCAUGUCCACCACAAGUACGCGUGGUUCAUGCAGACUUGAUUACUUGCAAAAUAUUUCUAUUUGGUAUUUGAACAUCUUAUCACCUGUUUUAUUGCCAGAAAGGAUAAACCCUAUGCUUAUUUUUUCAUACUUUGAUACUGACAAAAAGGUCCCAUUUUGUACAUUUUAAGAGUUUGUUAUAAUGUGGAAAGACACUGAAGUACCCAGGGAAACCCCUCACGUGCGAGGGGGUAACAAUCCGGCGUCUGCCACACUCGUGGCAUCGUCCACUUGCUGAUUGGUCCAGCUGAAACGAACGAUCUUCACCUGCAGUCUGUGCGUGGAGCUGAGAGAUUGAUGGAGGCUAUACGUGAGGUCUGGUUGAAUAUAUGGUGAUGAAUGUUGGUAUAUACAUCAUGAAAUGUGUCAACACGGAAUUAAAACGUGACGUUGGAAAAUGUUACCACUUGUUUGUUCAUCACGUGAAGGAGUCGCGUUCGUUACGCAUAUGUGUUCCCACUUGGAUGACAUUCAUGCGUAACUGUAUUUAGCAAGAGGGUAUUGACUGGGAUGUUUCGAUAAAUAUCUAGGAGCUUUCUCAUAUCGAAUGAUAGCAGUCCACAGAGGGGACCACCACAGACACUCGAGAACACCACGACAAUAUAUUGAUAUCCUUCCACAAACUCACUUUCUGUACUGCCUUCUAGAGGAAACUGCCUCGUUAUCUUGCCUUACGGCUUUCAUCUCUGUAUGAUCCGCCAACUCCACUACCACCCUGGAUUGCAGGGUCAUCUCUCCAGAAUGCCCCGUUAAUCAUCAAGCGAAUGCUUAGAAUUCAGCAAUGAACCUAAAGUACCUUGAUCAUUCAGGCGGUGUUGAGAGAUUAUGGGCCGCAUUGACGCGAGGGAUUAGUCAUCACAAUGGACCCUUUGUUUCAUCCGGCCUCGUGGCUCGGCGGUAGAGCGAGUAGCUCGCAAUGGCAAGGCUGCGAGUUCACAUCCUGGCUGGAGGUUGCCCCAAGCCCAUCAUCUCUCCGUGGCCAAUGAUAAAAUAUGUGACCACUUUGCGGGGAAGUCAACAGUGGAUGUCCUUUGGAUAGAAGUUCCCCCAUCAUAGGAAUGUGGAAUUUCCGUCACUGGCUCAUUUGAGCAGGAAAUCACUUUGAUUUGUUUUAACUUGAAAUCGUGCAUUUCAUGACGCAGUGUUUGGCUUGUGGGAGGAAACAGGAGUAACCCGGAGACAUUCCACGCAUGCGAGGCGUGCGUGGAUGCCGGAUUCUGCUGCGAGCACUUGGCCUUCCCUUGGCCGCCACUCAGGAAUCAUGCCAAGACAGUGAAUUGGACCGACGGUAAUUGUCCGUGCAAAGCCACGUGCAUUUAAACACAGGGCAGACAACGCGGUGAUUUGCGAGCCGCGUGUGGCCUCGGCGCCUCCUCGAAGCAGCAGUCACGACGCGCAUGCCACCACGCCUUACUGCAGGAGACGCACCGCAAGCACCAUACAAGACAAAGAUCCCCCGUCUAGCCUUCACACAAGUUUGAGGCAUGUGCUGUUAGUGAGCGCCUAUGAAGACCAGAAAGCAACACACGAGGGGGUGGGUGGCCAGAACGACGCCCGACCGCCUUUGUCUCCUCAGUGACGAUGUUUAUACAUCGCACCAGGUACUAAUUUGAGGCUGAAUCGACCUAGGGGAGAACCAAACUCGGGUUGCGGGGUUCGUAGUGCAGCG